AUGGACUCAGAGUAUAUUCGACACAUACGAAUGAGUACAGGUCACGCGGCCCAUUUGCGUGCCCGUUGGCGGAGUUUAGGGUAUUCCGUUCUCAAGAAUUCCAACCCACCGUCACCAGCCCAUAGAUUUCUAUACGGAAACGAAGAGAAGAAUAGAUUAAUGAAGCAUACGACAAGGCCGAAGGUAACAGCGUCACAACAGUAUCGUGGAAUGGAACCACGCAGACGCUCAAAUGCAUCAUUCGAAGCCAACGCCCUCGAUAUGUCCGGCGCGCGCCCAGCGCUGGCAACUUCAACUGCGGGCAAACUGCUCGCCUGCGCAACACCAGCAUUGAUGCAAGUUUCAUGA